CUUAUAAUUCCAAAGAAAAGGACUAUUAACACCUUACAAAAACCUCUCGCUCCCCGGUUUGGGUCUCUCACACUCUUUUAUGAAUACACUCAGAUUCUCUCUACUACCAAUUCCCAAAUUCUUCUUCUUGAACGGUUGUCACCCUUACAAACACCGCCAUAAUUUCUCCGUUUCGGUGAACGCUUCUCCUCGCCCAUUUCGAGUGAUACUGAUGGCACCGUCGGAGACCAUUGUUGCGGAGUACGCGAAGUCGAACAGAUCAACGUGCAAGGCAUGUUCCAAAGCCAUCGAAUCCAAAACCCUGAGGUUGGGCUUGGUUUCAAAGGAUAAGAGAGGCUACAACGUCACCAAAUGGCACCACCUCAGUUGCUUCCCUCUACCCUCCUCUCACUCCACUUCUGACAUAAUUACCGGCUUUUCCUCCUUGAAGAGCAGUGACCAGGAAGCUCUCACAAAGUUAUUUGCUGGAGAGGACCAGUCUGAAGCGGUUUGUAAAGCAACAGAAGAAAUACAAAAUGAUCAACAAGAGUCUGAAGAAAGUGAUUCAAAGAAAAGAAAAUUAUCCACAUCUGAUGUUAAAGCCGGGAUGAAUAUCAUCUUUUCAGUGUCUGAUGUCAAGAGCAGUUACAAGGAUGCUACCCUUUUACCCAAAUGGAAGGCAUUCCAGACAAUCAUUUUUCUUGAACGGGAUGAUGGUCUGCAAGAUUCAAGUAAAGUUGCUGCAUUUGAUUUUGAUGGGUGUCUUGCGAAUACAUCUGUACGUAUAUCAGGUUCAAAUGCUUGGUCCCUCAUGUAUCCCUCAAUUCCUGAUAAACUGCAAAGCUUAUACAACAAUGGCUACAAGCUGGUAAUUUUCACCAAUGAAUCCAAUAUUGAACGUUGGAAGAAUAAGAGACAAGCAGCUGUCGACUCGAAAAUUGGCCGUCUAAAUAAUUUUAUUGACAAAGUGAAGGUCCCAAUUCAGGUUUUUAUAGCUUGUGGGAUUGGUAAAUCAGGUAAAGCUGUAACCAAGGAAGAUGAUCCUUUUCGGAAACCGAAACCAGGGAUGUGGCAACUUAUGGAGCAAUACUUCAACUCUGGCAUUACCAUCGAUAUGGAUCAAUCCUUUUAUGUUGGUGAUGCAGCUGGGAGACCAUCAGAUCAUAGUGAUGCUGAUAUUAAAUUUGCAGAGGCCAACGGCUUAAAAUUUUAUGUCCCUGAAGAGUACUUUGGCGCAUGAGCAUCUAAUUUGGUCAUUGGUACAUAGAAUAGGUGUGGCACAACAAACUUUGGAUGGAAGGACAACUAUUAGAUUUCUAUAGAAACGAACAUAUGGAUGAAACGGUGAACAUUUAGUAUGACUAGAUUACUUGUUGAAGACUAGUAUUGUAGAAUGACAAAAUUCUUAUAGUAGUUUAUGCAAAUUACAUAGCUUCAUUGUAAUACUAAACACGCACUUAAAAUAUUUCUUCUCUAUUCAA